UCUAUUUGCUAGACAAGCCAAGGGAUGAAGCCUAUGCUGUCUUGUUGUCAUCCUCGAAAGUCCGCUACCUUUGGCUUUGCCUCCCUUCCAUAUAAAAAUUCGUUUGGUUUCUCACCUUAAUCGUCACUCAAGACCCAAAACAAUUAGUAGGGAAUUCAAUUACUUAAUACACACCUCAUGGAAAGAGACCAGGAGGAGCUUCAAAACUUUGGCUUCUUCGCAACCUUCAAGGAGUCCUUCAAGAUCAUCUUCUCAUGGAAGAAGAUCUUCACACAAAUCACGCUCUCCUUAAUCCUUCCCUUGUCGUUCGUCUUCUUGAUCCAAAUGCAAGUCUCUGACUUCCUCUUCUGGAAGCUCCGUCGUGACGAGAAUAUGCUUCACCGAUCCCAGUCGUCUAGCCACGAGUGGGGCUCCUACACCUAUGAGCACUGGUCCGAAAUCGUGACCUCCGACAAGAUCUCACUCGCACUCUUCAAGAUUGCGUAUUACAUCGUCACACUCAUCCUUUCUCUCCUGGCGACCUCAGCAGUUGUGUAUAUGAUUGCAUCCAUCUACACCGACAAGCCGGUAGCCUUCAAGAAGGUCAUGGGCGUGGUCCCUAAGGUCUGGAAGAGGCUGAUAGUCACUUUCAUAUGGAGCUUCGCCAUUGUUAUUGUCUUGAACUUGUUGGCCUCUGCUCUCUUCUACUUGUGGGUAGUCAACCUAGGGUUCAGAGGUGUGUUUGGGGUGGUCGUUUUCAUCAUUUUACUCAUCGCGUACGUGGUGGCAACCAUCUACAUAGGCAUCGUAUGGCGGGUGGCUUGCGUGAUUUCCGUCUUGGAGGAGUACUACGGGAUCAAGGCCUUGUUCAAGAGCAAGGACUUGAUCAAGGGCAAAAUCGGAAUGUCAGCUGGACUCAUAUUCCUAGUCACAGUGUUCUACGUGGGCAUCAUGUUGGUGUACCAAAUCUUCGUGGUGUAUGCGCUCAGAUACGCGCUCAGCUACGGUGCCCCAGGGUACAUGCUUGUGAUUGGGCUUCCUUGCUGGCUCUUGCUCACCUUUGUCAUGCUCGUCGACUUCGUCCUGCAGACUGUGAUCUACUUUGUCUGCAAGUCGUACCACAACGAGAGCAUCGACAAGCCAGCCCUCGCAGAUCACCUCGAGGCUUACAACGCACAGUACGAGGCAAUGAAAUCGGAAAAGGACGUCCAGAUGGAGCAAGUGAUGGUCUGAUCAUCAACCAUCUGAAUGGAUUGAAUUCUUUUGAUGAGUAUGAACCUUCAUAUAAUAGAAUAAAAAUCAUGAAGGAUAAUCUACCUAAAAAA